CUAACAUUGGGAGGCUUCUUACAAAUAUCCGCAGCUUAAGCCCCUGUUAGUAAGUUAUGGCGGUUGUAGAAUUUUUGCUCGCCGAGAACAAAACAGAAAAUGCGGAGGGGAGAUUGCUAACGUGGAUGGUAUUGGACUUCUCACUGACCAUUUAACAAAUACUAUUGAAGAGAGCCCCUUUUUCCUUUUUCACGUACCCACCUUCCUCUCGUCCCGGGAUAUAAUGGCGGUGUCUUUUAAUCCUUCUGGCAGGCUUUUUAGGAGUUGUGAAAGAGUCUUUGGAAGAGCCAUCGAGGCUGGCAGGUGCAUGGGAAUUCAUCUCAAUUUGUUACCAUUCUUGGGUUUGAAGGUUGGACCAUUUUCUGGCCUUUACGGUGGAAAUAUUACUUAUAAGAUAUGCUUUGCCAAGUCUAUGACAACACAGUACAGAUCCCCCAAGCCUGUAUUGGCUACAGUCAAUGACAAGAAGGUUGUAGGAGCUUUUUUGAAAGACAGAAAGUUGGUUCCUCCGUGUGACCCUCCUAGUGCGAAAGACAUUAACCUUUUGCAUGAAUUUAUUGAUAAGAGUCAUAAGCUUAUGGUGUUGACCGGAGCAGGAAUGAGUACUGAGUGUGGGAUUCCUGACUAUAGAAGUCCGAAUGGCGCAUACAGUUCUGGAUACAAACCAAUGACUCAUCAGGAAUUUGUUCGAUCAAGUCGAGCUCGUAGGCGGUAUUGGGCAAGGAGUUAUGCUGGGUGGAGAAGAUUCACAAAGGCACAGCCUGGGGCAGCUCAUAUAGCACUAGCUUCACUUGAAAGAAUUGGUCGAUUGGAUUUUAUGGUUACACAAAAUGUUGACAGAUUACAUCAUCGUGCUGGAAGCAGUGCACUUGAAUUGCAUGGGACUGUAUAUUCUGUCAUUUGUUUGGAAUGCGGUCAUACCUUCUGCCGCCAUUUAUUCCAGGACCAACUCCGGUCUCUUAAUCCACUGUGGGCUUCAGCACUUGAGCAUUUGGAAGAUGGAGAUCCUGGUUCAGAUGCAAAUAUUGGAAUGAUUCAACGGCCUGAUGGUGAUAUAGAUGUUGACGAGAAAUUUUGGGAGGACAAGUUCCAAAUUCCCAAUUGCCAACAAUGUAAUGGAACAUUGAAACCCGAUGUUGUUUUCUUUGGAGACAACGUUCCAAAGGAUAGAGCUGACAAAGCCAUGGAAGGUGCGAAAAGCUGUGAUGCUUUACUAGUGGUUGGGUCAUCUGUGAUGACAAUGUCUGCUUAUCGGCUUGUCAGAGCUGCUCAUGAAGCCGGCGCAUCUACUGCUAUUGUCAAUAUCGGUCCCACAAGAGCCGAUGAUAUGGUGUCAUUAAAAAUUAAAGCAAGAUGUGGGGAGAUACUACCUAGGUUGCUUCAGAUGGGGUCUCUGAGCAUACCAGCAGUGCAGCCUUAAUUUAUAUCUUUCAUCGACUGGAAGAUGCCUAACAGUCCGUGUCCCCAUGGUAGUGCCGCAAUUUUGUGCCUGCAAUUCAUCAUCUGUAUAACCCGGCCGCAAUGUAAAAUGUGUUGUACAUAUUGAUGUAUGUUGUGGCUGAAUGUGAUGGUCAUGUCCUGGCAUGUGUUCAUUUUGCAAAGUCUCUGCAGGAGUGCACGUAGACCAUCUUCUGCGUCCAGUUCUCGUGGGCGCGUCCCAUCUUCAAUGCUGUAGCAGUAACUGUUGAUAAUGGGUUUUGACCAAGGAUCAACUUGUUAAUUUGCUAUGACUCUAAAGUCUAAACCAUUUUUAUCAAAAAAUGAAUCGAUUUUCCAAUCUUUUCAGGUAGAA